GCGGCCGCUUCCGCCCUUCCCUGCGCGCGACCCGCGAGGCCGCCCCGGCUCCGGAAGUAGUCGGCCCGGCGGCCGGAAGUGACGCGCGGCCGCGGCGCGGAGGAGCCGCGGAGAAAGCGCAGCGAAGGCGGGCCCGGUCCGAGGUCUGGCAGUCCGUGGCAGAGCCGGGCGCCCACGGCCCGAGCGCCCCCGGCAGCACCAUGCCCGCGCUCCUGGAGCGCCCCAAGCUUUCCAACGCCAUGGCCCGCGCGUUGCACCGGCACAUCAUGAUGGAGCGGGAGCGCAAGCGGCAGGAGGAGGAAGAGGUGGACAAGAUGAUGGAACAGAAGAUGAAAGAAGAGCAAGAGAGGAGGAAGAAGAAGGAGAUGGAGGAGAGAAUGUCCCUGGAGGAGACCAAGGAACAAAUCCUGAAGUUGCAGGAGAAGCUGUUGGCCCUACAGGAAGAGAAGCACCAGCUCUUCCUGCAGCUCAAGAAAGUUCUACAUGAAGAAGAGAAACGGAGGCGAAAGGAGCAGAGUGACCUGACCACUCUGACGUCAGCCGCGUACCCGCAGAGCCUGACGGUUCACACAGGAACUCACCUCCUCAGCAUGCAGGGGAGCCCCGGAGGACACAGUCGCCCAGGAACUCUCAUGGCGGCCGACAGGGCCAAACAGAUGUUCGGACCCCAAGUGCUUACAUGGACGGCACCAGUGAGCGCUCUCCUCCCUCCAGACGCGGCACUAUGUGGGCUCGGCAGCUGCUUUCGCAGGGACCCCAGAGCACGGUCAAUUCCAAGGCAGCCCUGGCGGGGCCUAUGGGACCGCUCAGCCCCCACCCCACUACGGACCCACGCAGCCGGCCUACAGCCCCGGUCAGCAGCUCAGAGCACCUUCGGCGUUCCCGGCGGUGCAGUACCUGUCUCAGCCGCAGCCCCAGCCCUACGCGGUGCACGGCCACUUCCAGCCCACCCAGACAGGCUUCCUCCAGCCUGGCGGUGCCCUGUCCUUACAGAAGCAGAUGGAACACGCCAACCCGCAGACCGGUUUCUCCGACUCAGUGAGUAUGGAGUCUUGGCAGGUCAAGGGCAGCGCUCUGCCAAGGGGCGCCCCGGGCUGCCUCAGGUCCUGACUCUCUUCUCCGCAGUCCUCCCUGCGCCCCAUGCAUCCCCAAGCUCUGCAUCCAGCCCCCGGACUCCUUGCCUCUCCCCAGCUCCCUGUGCAGAUGCAACCGGCAGGGAAGUCGGGCUUUGCAGCUCCCAGCCAGCCUGGCCCUCGGCUCCCCUUCAUCCAGCACAGCCAGAAUCCGCGGUUCUACCACAAGUGAUCGUCAGAUUUUAUCUUCAAGCUCACACCCAAACCCCGCCACGGGUGAGGGCCCCUGGUGUGUCCCAGUCCAAUAAAAUCUACCUGCCACCGCCCCCAGCUGCUGUGUCACCUCUCUCCGGGCCCAGGCCAGGGCUGCAUGGAGGGUGAGGAGUGGUGGGCAGGUCACAGGAGGACGGUGGGUGGGUAACGAACUCAGCAGCAGAGUUCAGUGCCAUGGUUUCCAGCUUUACGUUCUAGUCAGCAAACACCCAUUUAAUUCAAAGAAGCAACUGAGUUGGGGCCUUCAUAUUAAACUUCUGGUUUUAUUCAGGUUUGAUUUUAACAAAUGUGUCGGGGAGAGAGCCCACAGGGAAGGGUGAAGCCCAUGGGGGCAGGGCCCUCCCAGGUGCCUAAGGAGGGGGCAGGUCCCCUCCCCUCUCCUCCUCUUCCCUCCCCAGGUAAAGGUAUUUGGGGAGAGACAUAGGCAGGGGAGGGGGCUGGUCCCCCGUCUGUGGGGUGGUACUUGGGGUAAAGGGCCAUGGGAAACAAGGGACCAGAGCAGGGAUGAGUGGGGGUAGGGCACAAGGACCAUUUACCAGAAUCCACAGCUUUCUGAUUCCAGAUUGAAUUUAAAAAAAAAACAAAAACAAAAACAAAAAAACCCAAAACCAACCCACUAAACCACAAGCAGCACCCGCCCCCUCUCCCCUACCAGGGCUGUAGUGCAGGGGGAGAGAACAGGAGGGCAGCUUCGCCAAGGCCGGGGGGUCACUCGCUCCUGGCCGAGGGAGCAGGAGGAAGGGCAGGGGCUCCCCGACAGAUUGAGGGUGUGUGGGGGAAACCAAAAUAAAACGUCAAAUAAAUCGUGGAGGAGGAGGAGUCCAGCCAAGGGCCCACCGGAGCUGGGCCAGGCUGGGGGAGGGGGGCCUCUGCAGUCUCGAGGAUCACCGCUGCCACCCUGGGGAGGGGGGGGGGGGGAGAGAGCAGGUCAGGCAGGACGACACCGUCCCCAGGAAGGAAGCCCAGACGGUCAGGGCUCGAGCAGGUUUUCGGUGGGGAUGACAAAACGUGGGCCGGGCCAGGGGAGUGGGUCACCUUCACCUGGGAGCCAGUUAUUUUGCCAUGGCCUUGAUUGCAACAGCUGCCUCCUCUGUCAUGGCAGACAGCACCGUGAUCUGCGGGCGCAAAGGGGGGAGUCAGAGGGGAGCUCCGGGGCAGAGGGUGCAGCUGGGCCCGAGGCGGGGGGCAGCGUACCAGGAUCUCUUCUCCACAGUCAUACUUCUGCUCAAUCUCCUUGCCGAGGUCUCCCUCGGGCAGACGAAGGUCCUCUCGCACCUCCCCGCUAUCCUGGAGCAGUGAUAGAUACCCAUCCUGGAUGCCGAUCAGCUGG